AUGCUUAGUGGCACAAUAGAAAUAUUUAUUCAUCUAAGUGAAUUUAGAAAUGUCGACCUUUAUCAAUAAGGAGUGUAUCAAUUAAAAGCCUCAAUAUUCUAAAGAAGUUAAACUUAGAUUGAUACAUUGUAUGCUUAGCCUUACAUGACAGUGGAAAAGAAAAAAUUUGUCCAUAAUUAAGCUAAUGAACUUCUAGUCGAAUAGCACAAAUUAGUAGAUACAAAUUUCUACAGCAAAGCAUUUAUCAUUAAAUAUUGCGAUUAAAUAGUGGAGUUAAAUGAAGGAUGUGUAUUUAGAAUAGAAAUUUAAGCAUAUCCUGAGAUGGACCCUUAGAAUAUUUAUUGUGUUAUUGAAUUGUUAUUUUGUGAACUUAGCACAAUAACACAAGAAGACUUUAAAAUAGUAUAAUAAGAUUUGAUUAUAGGAUAAAUUGUACCAAUAUUAAAAAUGCGUAGCAAAAUUUUAAAGUAGAUUACACAAUAUCAAGUUGAUUAAAGAAUUUGUAUCUUGCCAAUUUGAUGAAUCUCAUUUCUGCUUAUUAAAAUUAACUAUACAUUCAAUUUUAGUUGAUUUUAAAUAUCAUUAAAGCAAUCUAACUGUUGAAUAAUUUAUGAGCAACAUAACAAAUAAAUGUAAAUAAAGAAUUAUCACUAUUAGUUAUAUCAAAUCUUGUAUUUGACUUCUAUGAAGGCUAUAAUAAAAUAUUGUUAUAAAUCCAUGAAUAAUUUGAAAAUUAUUAUUAGAAAAACAUAAAAUAAUGCAUAUCCGAUGAACACAUUCAAAAUAAAUUCGGGAGAUUAUAAUAUUUGAAUAAAUCUUUAAAUUAUAGGGAAUUUUCUGAAUACAGCACAAGAAUGGACGAAUUAAGAAACAAUGUUCAUCUAUAGGAAGAAUUUUGUUAAUAAUUAUUCUUAGAAAUUAAACAUACAUCUUCAAAAAUUUUUGUUGUUUGGUAUUAGUUUAUAGAUGCGCAGAAUUUUAUGGCUGAAACUUUGACUAAAAUAUUAGAACAAGAUUAUAUUUUGAAAAUAAAAGAGAGAUGGGGAGAGAGCAUCUUCCAACAUGUUUAAACAGUAGAGGAUUUAUCUUAAUAAGAAAUUUAACUAGGUAAAAAUCAUAAAAUGAUGGCAAAACAAUACAGAAAUAAUAAUUAUUACAAAUAAUUAGAACCAUUAAAUAUUGAAGAUGUAGAUUUAUUUCCAGAAGCUAAAAUUCAUCCUAUAGUUUUUAGGGAUGUAUCAAGAAAAAAAGAAUUCUAACUAAAAUCAGUAAAAGGGCUUCAUUUAUUUGUUUUUGUACAUGGAUAUCAAGGAAACUCAUAUGAUAUGAGAUUAUGGAGGAAUAACAUGGCAAUCAGAUAUCCUGACCAUUUAACUUUACUAUCAAAAUGUAAUGAAGACAACACAGAUUAAGACAUUUUAGUGAUGGGAGAAAAAUUGGCCUUAGAAGUCAAGAGAUGGAUCAAAGAAUGGUGUCCAAAAGAUAAUUUUUCUAAAUUAUCUUUUCUAGGACAUUCACUUGGAGGAAUCAUAAUUAGAGCAGCAUUGCCUCAUUUGAGUAAAUACAAAGAUAAAAUGUUUACAUAUUUAUCAUUAGGAAGUCCUCACUUAAGUUAUACAUUAUCAUCCAGUAAAGUUGUUGAUACAGGGCUAUGGUUUAUAAGAAAAUGGAAAAAGUGUAUUUGCUUAAAUUAGUUAACGUUGAAUGAUUCUUCAAACCCCUUGGAGACUUGCCUCUAUAAAUUAUCUUCAUAUGAGGGUUUAGGAUGGUUUACAAAUAUUGCACUCAUGAGUUCUUAUUAAGAUACUUAUAGUCCUUUUGAAUCAGCUAGGAUAUAGAGACCAAAAGGAAACAGUAAGGAUGUGAUGAUAAUUAAUAAAAUGAUAGAUAAUAUAAUGAAGAAUCUAUCAAAUUAAAAGAUUGAUAGAUUAGACGUGAAUUAUGAGUUAGUUGGAAGGUAAUUUAAUUUAUAUUUUUAGAUCUUUGGAUACUAUGAUAGGAAGGGCAGCUCAUAUUGCUUUCAUUGAUAAUAGCGCAUUAAUUAAAUUGUCUCUAUAUAGUUUUGAUGAAUUUUUUGAUUGA